GUUUUCCUCUUGCUUCAGUUUACUCAUUCAAACUCCCAAACCAUUUCUUAUAAAUUAAUGAUUUUGAAUUGAAUAAUCACAAACUGCUUCUUCUCUCUACUGUACAUUUGCCUAUAUAUUGGGGAGCUUGAUAUGAAGGCCCUGUUUGGUUGCGCGGUUAAGCUUUCGAGAUGCAUUAAUGGCAGCUUUCUGAGAUAAUAAAGAGAGGAAGAGGGGAGGGUGGAGCGCGCGCGAGAAACAGAGAUCCGAUUCCAACGGCCGGGAUUAUUUUCGCUUUAAUUUAAAAAGACACGGAGUAGAUUUUAAUGGAAGGUCAGAAAAGCCAGGUGAAGCUAACGAGGGCCCACUCCUCCUCCCUUCUCCGCUCGUCGCCCACCUUCCGGUUAUCGAUCCAAAGCUCCGCCGUGAACGAUAUUCCGCCGUCCGAUGGGGGCGACCCCCCUGACCUUGAAGAGCAGAAGCCCCACAGUAAAAAGCCGGGCGGAACCACCCCGGCGCCGUCGCCGGCUCAUGGAUUUCGCCCAUUCCGAUCUGGUUCGGCGCGGGAGGCUUCUAUCCUCGCCGUCUCCCUCUUCUCUCUGUACAUUCUCUCGAUUUUCUUCAACUGGGAUGACGUCCCCACCUCGGAGAAUCUUCUCCUGGCGCUGACCUUUGUUGCGGUGCUUCUGUUCAUGGUCCGGAGGAAUAAGAAGAUGGUUCGGCUGUGCUACGUUUUCCUGAGGCAACUCUGUGAGGAGUACGGGAAGAGAGUGGGUUUCGCGUCUAAGAGUUCAUCGAGUCCGGUAGAGUGGUUUAUAGGCCGGGAGGCUAAUCCGGAUUUGGAGAAGGAGAAGGUAAUGGCGGUAGUGAAAGAAGGGGUGGAGUUUUACAGCAACGGGGACUUGUACGAAGGUGAGUUCCACAAGGGAAGGUGCAACGGGAGCGGGGUUUACAGUUACAUGGGAAGUGGGAGGUAUGAAGGGGACUGGGUGGAUGGAAAGUAUGAUGGGUAUGGGAUAGAGAGUUGGGCCAAAGGGAGCAAGUACAAGGGACAAUAUAGGCUUGGUCUGAGACAUGGCUAUGGAGUUUAUAGAUUCUACACAGGAGACGCAUAUGCUGGGGAGUGGUGUAAUGGGGAGAGCCAUGGUUGUGGGGUUCAGACUUGCUCCGAUGGAAGCUUCUAUGUUGGUGAAUUCAAAUACGGUGUCAAACACGGCCUUGGCUGCUACCAUUUCAGGAAUGGAGACAGAUAUGCUGGAGAGUAUUUUGGGGAUAAAGUCCAUGGUUUUGGGAUGUAUCACUUUGCAAAUGGCCACUGUUAUGAAGGAUCAUGGCAUGAGGGGCGCAAACAAGGUUACGGGGCAUACAUUUUUCGGAAUGGGGAGACAAGAAGUGGGGAAUGGCAGAAUGGCAAUCUAAAGUCUUCGUCUCCCUUAGUAAAUGAGGCAGUCUUGGAAGCAGCAGUUCAGGCUGCAAGAAGAGCAGCACAAAAGGCUAUCAAUAUUCAUCGUGUAGAAGAGCAGGUAAACAAGGCAGUCAUAGCAGCAAACCGAGCUGCUACUGCUGCUAGAGUUGCUGCUAUUAAAGCAGUUCAGAAUAGAAUGGAUGGAAAAUUUUGUGAUACCUGUAGUUGAAAGGUUACACGACUACUUGUAAUUGUAAAUGUAUGUUUAAAAAGAAAGGUUUAGUUCAACUUUUGGUCCCUUGACUGAAUUCAUUCAAGCUUUUGGUCCUCAACUUCCAUUUUUCUAACUUUGGUCCUUCUAGCCACAUUUCUAGCUACUUUCCAUACAAGUUCCGGUCAAUUUUCGAUUCAAGGACCAUAAGUGAGAAAAAGUCUGUAGUUGUAGGUUCAAAAGUUAAAAGGUUCAAGUCGAGAAUGAAAUUUUCAAGUCAGGGGACCAAAAGUGUAAUUGCUUCAAAAAAACUUUGCUGCUGUUGUGAUGUUUAUAACCCUGGUUAGCAAAAGGCUAACUGGAGGUUGAGGUUUUGAGCUUUGACUAAAUUGUAAGCCUGUAACAUGUACAUAGUGCUUGUUUUCUCAAUGAAAACAUCCAUGUGAUUUUUUUCCCAAACAAUUUCUUGUUCUGCCAUGUCUUUCCUCCUGCUUAUUUAUCUUCUGAGUUAAUUAGCAAAAUUGAUUAGUA